GUGAUUUUGAUGAAAAUGAUCGUGAUAUUAAUGAUAAAGUGUUGGCUAACAGUGCUGCUAAAGGUGGUUGUGAUAAUUGGGUCUCUCAUAUAACUUCAUUUUCUACUACUUCCAUUUGUGGUAUUUCUUCAUUUAUCAUUUCUACUUCUUGUGUAAUUUCUUGUGAAAUAUAA